GAGGGGGCAGUUCUCCAUACAGCCCUCCCUGCUCCCCGGGGACAGAGCUGGGCUUCCACCAGCCUCAAUGAGCCUCCCCAUUCAUUCCCCACCCCCUCCCAGCCUGAUGCAGGAACCAGGCAGCCGCCGCAGACUGAAACAGAGGAGGCUGGAGCAGCGCAGGCAGCGAUGUACGGUGUGUGCGGCUGUUGUGGAGCGCUACGUCCUCGCUACAAGCGGCUGGUCGAUAAUAUAUUCCCCGAAGACUCCGAGGAUGGACUCAUCAAAUCCAACAUGGAGAAGCUGACCUUUUAUGCUCUUUCGGCUCCCGAGAAAUUGGACCGAAUCGGUGCCUACCUUUCGGAGAGGCUGAGCAGGGAUGUGGCGCGGCACCGCUACGGUUACGUGUGCAUCGCUAUGGAAGCCCUCGACCAGCUGCUCAUGGCCUGUCACUGCCAGAGCAUUAACCUGUUCGUGGAGAGCUUCUUGAAGAUGGUGGCCAAGCUCCUGGAGUCGGAGAAGCCUCACCUGCAGAUCCUGGGGACCAACUCGUUUGUGAAGUUUGCCAACAUAGAAGAGGACACCCCGUCCUACCACCGCAGCUACGACUUCUUUGUGUCCCGCUUCAGCGAGAUGUGCCAUUCGAGCCACGACGAUGUGGAAAUCAGGACUAAGAUCCGGAUGGCCGGCAUCAAAGGUUUACAAGGAGUCGUCCGGAAGACUGUGAACGAUGAGCUUCAGGCCAAUAUCUGGGACCCGCAGCACAUGGACAAGAUCGUCCCCUCCCUGCUGUACAAUCUCCAGCACGUGGAGGAGACGGAGAGCCGCUCUCCGUCACCACUGCAGAGUACGGAAAAGGAGAAGGAAUGCCCGGCGGAGCUGGCAGAGCGCUGCCUGAGGGAACUACUGGGGAGAGCUGCCUACGGGAACAUCAAGAACGCCAUCAAGCCCGUCCUGAUGCAUCUGGAUAACCAUUCCCUGUGGGAGCCGAAGACCUUCGCCGUGAGAUGCUUUAAGAUCAUCAUGUACUCCAUACAGCCGCAGCAUUCCCAUCUGGUCAUUCAGCAGCUGUUGGGACAUCUGGAUGCCAACAGCAGGAGCCUGGCCACGGUUCGCGCAGGCAUCGUGGAAGUUCUGUCUGAGGCAGCGGUCAUUGCAGCCACGGGAUCCGUAGGUCCCACUGUGUUGGAAUUGUUUAACACUUUGCUGAGACAUCUGAGACUGAGCAUCGACUACGAGUUAACCGGCAGCUAUGACUCCACUAUAAACAUUGGUACCAAAAUUAUCAAGGAGCACGAAGAGAGGAUGUUCCAGGAGGGGAUCAUAAAGACCAUCGGGUCUUUUGCGAGGACGCUGCCGACGUACCAGAGAUCCGAAGUCAUGCUGUUUAUAAUGGGGAAGGUACCGCUUCCAUCCUUACAUCACCAGAUGGACCCGGGCAAAAUGGGGGAAAACAGGAAUCGUCUGAUCCAGAUCAUGCUGCUGAAGUCUCUGCUUCAGGUCUCCAUGGGCUUCCAGUGCAGUAACAUGCUAACUGCCCUGCCCAACUCUUUCCUCGACCCCUUACUGUCCGCCGUGUUGAUGGAAGACACCGAAAUCCGUCUCCUGGUCCUGGAGACCCUCGUCUGCCUCAUUGAUCGCCACGGAAACAGGCGCAAAUUUUCAACCAUCAGCACCGUGCCAGAUAUCGCCGUUCUGAAGCUCAAAGUCGAUAAAUGUUCCAGACAGGACACUCUCUUUAUGAAGAAGCAUUCCCAACAUCUGUAUCGGCACAUCUACCUGAGCUGCAACGACCCCAGCAACACCCAGGCGCACUACGAGGCUGUGUACGGCCUUCUGGUUAUGAUAAGUAUUGAGUUGGCCAAUGAAGAAGUCGUGGUGGACCUCAUCCGGCUGGUUUUGGCCAUCCAGGAUAUGGCUAUAAAUAACGAAGACAACCUCCCCGCGUACAGCCGCUGCGCCAUGCAUGCGCUCUGUGCCGCGUAUCUCAACUUGAUCAGCCAGCUCACCACAGUGCCAGCGUUUUGCCAACACAUACAUGAGGUUAUAGAGAUGAGGAAGAAGGACGCUCCUUAUUUGCUUCCAGAAGAUGUGUUCUCGGAGAAGCCUCGGUGGUCGAAGAGCGUGGAGCACACUCAAAGCGACCUGCUCUUCCUGCAGAGUAAAGUGAGUGAGGUCCUGGGAGGCAGCGGAUACAACUCAGACCGACUGAGCACCCCGUACGUCCCUCAACUAACAGAUGAGGACAGGUUGUCCAAGAGGAAAAGCAUUGGAGAGACCAUAUCGCUGCAGGUCGAAGUCGAGUCCAGGAACAGCCCCGAGAAAGAGGAGAGAGCUCCGGCAGAGGAAAUCACAUUUGAGACUUUGAAGAUGGCCAUAGACAGCGUUGCCGUAGAAGAACAAGAAAGGGAAAGAAGGCGCCAAGUGGUGGAAAAAUUCCAGAAGGCUCCUUUUGAAGAAAUUGCAGCACAUUGUGGAGCCAGGGCAACGUUGUUACAAAGUAAACUCAAUCAGAUUUUUGAGCUGACCAUUCGGCCGCCUCCAAGUCCAUCCGGUACAAUCACCGCCGCGUACGGCCAGACCCCAAAUCACUCGAUACCGGUGUACGAGAUGAAGUUCCCAGACCUGUGUGUCUACUGACCGACGGGACAACCUUCCGAAGACAAACGGACUGAGAAUAAAGCCUCGCGCAUGGUUAUCUGUCCUCCAUCCCCAGAGCGUAGACCGGUUCAUCAUCUCCCGAACGCCACUUCUUCAGGACUGAAAUCACAGAGCCCCGACAGCCCUUCGGCGGGUUCCUGACGUGCGCUCCGUGUCCCGUUACUGUUCCUUUUUGGUGCGCUCUACGUCCAAACAGAACGCAAAGCAGAGAGAUGGCGUGAAAACAAUGGAGGCUUGGGAAUGAUUUGUAAGGGGAUACUACCUAGAAUCCAAAUGUUCUACCCCCCACCCCCACCACCAACCUAUGAACUGUCUCUGCUGAGUAGUACUAAGCCAACACAACAUAACAAACUUUUAGGGGUAGAUUCACUUAGUGCAGAGCCUUGUAGUCAGCGGUGAGAAAAGCCUUUUUAUGAUAGUACGGGUUUAACGAGAUCGAUUUCGUUCUGUCGGUGAGUCUCUCCUCCUUCCAUAACAGGUGGGAUCUGUAAGUGGGUGAUGCCAGGCCGGUGCGUCAUUCCAUACAUUUACAUGGCAACGUUAUUCUAACCAG